AUGACUCCUGAACAGGCAGCUUGGAUGAAAACUAAGGUGGAUGGGUUCCACCUCAGCCAGCUGCAAGGUGAAACAACCACUUUCCUUUCCAAUACAUCCUGUGAAUGGUUCAAGAAGUGGCCUGAAGCUGCCGUCCAUUUCAAAGAUAGUGAGACAGGUAUUCCACUUACUGCAGAUGAGUUGUCAGAAGAGCAGACACAACUCUGUUCUUACCUGUACCGCAGCAACACCACUGGCACCCAGGCAAGGGUGACCCAAUUCACUAAAAUGAUAAUGAAGCUCAUGGGCUCUACCACUGCUCGCACUCGUGGCCCUUCUGCUGUGGAACAUUUUAUUCAGACAGAGUACAAGGACAACCUUCAUGUUUACAGGGUGCUUUUGGUAGUAAUACUAACAGUGUUCUCCAUAGCUGUUUCACCAUCGAGUAUCAAUACUAUUGUGCCCCCUUUGGACACCUCCGAUCCAUCUCCUUCGAGUAUCAAUACUACUAUCCCUGCUUUGGACACCUCCGACUCAUCUCCACCCAGUAUCAAUACUAUUGUGCCCACCUCUGACUUCAUUUCUGGUCCCACUGCAACUCCAGAAGUCUUGCAUGCCUUGGCCAAACAACUCUUCCCCACUAGCCCUUCGUGUCCCAAUGGGAUCCACCCCACCUUUGAUGAAUUCCUGUUUCAUCCAGUUCCUGUUCCUGACGAUUCACUGAACCUGUCAGGCGACUCGGAGUUCUCAUUCGAUCUGUCAAACAAGGCCAUUGAUGACUUUCUCGCUCGAAUGCAUCAGUCUACAGUAUUGUCACCACCACGCUUCUGCAGCGCCUUAGCUCGUAUCGAGUCAAAGGUGCCCUCUGGCAUUAAGAAGGCGCCUCGGCCCUGUCCAUUCAAAGGAGGAACUGGCACUCGCCAUGAUUUAUAUCAUGAUUCCCCUCCUGCCCCUUCUGUACCUCCUAUGGUACCUGUGGCUCACCCGGAUCUGUUACCGCCUGCAGCUACUGAGCCUCCUCUCAAGGUUCCUCUGCAGGCCACUGUAGCUGCAACUCGUGAAGCUAUUGUGCCGCCUGUAGACGCAACUCCAGAAGCCACUGCACUGUCUCAAGCUGCUGAACCUCCUGCUGUGACUACUCUGGGCCUCAGUAUAGCUGUAACUGGUGAAGCUACUGUGGCUUCUUCACCUGCGACUGCAACUCAUUUUUCAGUGCCUGGAGCUGCUGUUGCAUCUGACAAUGAGUCCAUGGAGUGUGCCGUACCAGUCGUGUUCAUGUUCCAUCUACUCGGACGAUGGAAGCUAACAAUAUUGGCACUGAUGGUAUCGGAAGAAGGUCACGAAAGUCAUGCAAAUUGGCUCAUUGAGCUGAUGGCAGCUGAUAUUUGA